GCGCGCACGGCGCCGAGGACGGCUUUCACAGGAGUACCACCAGAGAAGCUCGCGCAGGCAGCGCGCGGAGUGGAGGAAGAGCGCGGCGAGAGCGAGAUCCCGCCCCCGCCCGAGCCCGUCCGGGAUAUGGGCGCCGAGGACGACGCCCCCCAGGAGAUUGGCGCGAUCGCCCAGGCGGCGGAGCCGUUCGUGGAGUCCGACGCAGCGGAUAUACUGACGACGCGGAAGCAGACGCGCAUAGCCAUGAACGAGGAAAGGCUGGAUCGAGGCUUGAGGCCUGAACAGGUGCGGCGGCAGGUAGGCGCAGGCGGUCAGACACGGCAGUAUGUCGACAACCUCGGACGCAGGGCGAAGUAUUUCAGGUCCAAGAUUGCAGGCCAUUUCGGCAGGGAUUGCAAGGAGCCGCUACCAGCUCAGGGUUCGCAGAUGGUGCUCGCCGCGCGCGUGGAGACCGACUGCGAGGAGGGACUGGCCCAGGCGGCCCAGGACGUCGGGGGUCCUAGCGAGCAGACGCAGGUCGCGGCGGAGCUCGCCUUCGACGACGAGAUCAGCAGCAGUCUGAAGGUCAGCGAGGACAAUGCCCUGGCGAAGCUCAUCCGGGGGGAACGGUGGAAGAGGCUGGAGCACGGGCGCUGCAAGUAUCUGAUCGGCGCAGAGGCGUUGGCGAAGCAUGGGGCGGCGACGGGCCAGAUGGCACGGUGGCUCAAAGACCUGGAGCAGAUGCGGUUCCGAGGUUUCGACAACAGCGUGCGGGGGUCCAUUGUGGCGCGGGCGAGCUCGACUGGGCGGUCGAGGCACGCGGUGAUUUGUGCGGCGCAGGCGGCGCCGGGGCCGGCCGGCUCUCUGAUGGGCAAGCCCAAUUUGAAGGCCCUGGGUGCGAGGAUCGAUUUCGAAACGGACUCCGCGCGCCUGACGCAGCUCGACCUGGCCAUUCCGCGGAACGAGACGGCCGGGACGAUGGUGGCGGAGAUGUUCCCCCAACCGCGGAUCGUGCCGGUUGCGGUGAAGGCAUGGGUCAAGGAUGGCAAGACUCUCGACAAGGUGAGCGGCUGGGAUGUGAGCAAGGCCGACGACUACGACGCGAUUUCGAG